GCGCCUAACCGUCCGUCCCACGGAAAAGGGAAAGAAACGCAACGCAUCCCGUCGAAUCCACGGCACGCCACGAUCUCUUCUUGCCUUAACCGGGCAGUGAGGACGACGAUGCCUUCCUCCUGCGCGGCCGCCACCACGGAUGGGUCUCCUUGAGGGGCUCUUCGGCGGCAACCGGCACGGCCACACCAGGGGGCCGGCGAACAAGGCGAGUGGCAGCGCCGGCAUGGCGGCAGACGCGCCGACGCCGUCGCACGGCGCCAUCCCGCCCCUCUCGUCCGCCGCCGCCUCCGUCGUCCGCCGAUGUGCGAGGAUCGCGGGCGUGCCGGUGGAUCAGCUGCUCCGGCGGUUCGACGGGGAGGAGCAGGCCGGCCGGCCGCUGGCGUACGCCAGGAGCUUCGUGGAGUACUGCUCCUACAUUGCCCUGCGCGUGGAGACCAGGCGCCAGGACCACCUCGGCUACAGGGAGUUUCACUCGCUCACCUACGACAUGAUGCUCGCCUGGGAGGCGCCCGACGAGGAGACCGACGCCAUGUUUCAGAAAACGGCUUUCAGUAUUCUACAUGACGACGAGGAUGACGAUGGAGGUGGGUCCAUUUUCUAUUCAAGCCCAACGCAACUGGCCAUUCAGGUCGAUGGGAGGAGGACGGUUGGACCCGAGGCAUUUGCCAAGAUUGCUCCUGCCUGCCCUGCCAUAGCACAUCCCAUCACCGUUCGUAACCUAUUUGAUGCGCUCACCAACUCAACCGGAGGACGGCUGCAUUUCCUUAUUUACCACAAGUACCUCAAAAAAUUAGACCAGGUGCUCAGCUUUGCAAAAAGUAUAUCAGGGGGACACAGAGCUCCUGAUCUUGAGCUUUCGGAUGAUGAAAUAAUCCUCGACAUCUACGGUACUGCAACGACCAAGCCAGUUCUUCAACAUAUCGGGACGUCCACAUGGCCUGGGAGGCUCACACUGACGAAUCACGCACUCUACUUUGAGGCCAUUGGUGUUGAUUUCUCUUAUGGCGAGGCUGCUGUGUAUGAUCUGGCAAGGGACUUGAAACAGUCAGUAAAACGUGAGUCCACUGGGCCAUGGGGUGCUCACCUCUUUGACAAAGCAGUCAUGUACAAGUCUAACUCGACUGAACCCGUCUUCUUUGAAUUCCCACAAUUCAAAGGUCACACUCGUCGGGACUAUUGGUUCGCAAUCAUCAAAGAGGUGUUGCACGCACAUAAGUUCAUCAGGAAGUAUAGGCUUGCUAGUUUCCAAAAGUCAGAGGCUCUCUCGGUCGCGACAUUAGGGAUCCUAAGGUACCGCACAUUAAAAGAGGGCUUCCACGUACUACCAGCACAUUUUAAGACCACCCUUGCCUUCAACUUAGCAGAGAAACUACCCAAAGGAGACAAAAUUUUGGAGGCAAUGUACAGCCAGCUCAAGCAGCAUUGCCCAAGAUUUGGUGGAAGUCAGAAUCCUGGUCAGAGCAAUUCUGAUGAAUUGACGCUUGUUGACCCCUUCCCUCUUUCUGCAUAUACAAUGGUGACGAUGGGUUUGUUGACCCUGCAAAAGGAGGACAAUCCUGAGGAGAGGGAUUUCGCGGUGCGUGACGUGCAAAUUGGAGGAACUAGCUCAGUGCAGAUGGCUCUAGAGCGAUCGGUUGGGUAUUCGGGCAGAGUGGAAGCUGCAAGGGCCACGCUUGAUCAAGUCAAAUUGGAAGACAUAGACACUAAUGUCGCUGUUCUAAAGGAACUACUAUAUCCUCUGAUUGAAAUAGGCAAAAGGUUGCUUGCUUUGGCCGAGUGGGAAGAACCCUUCAAAUCUUAUGUCUUCUUGUUAUGCUUCCUCUACAUGGUAUACAGUGGUUGGAUUUGGUUCGUGUUUCCUGGAUUUUUGCUUGGCUCUACUAUCUUCAUGCUAUGGAACAAACAUUAUGGGAGCAUGCAGUCGAUAGGAGCAUUUGAGAUCAUAACUCCUCCUCCAAGAAGAACCGUGGAACAACUCCUAGCUCUACAAGAGGCCAUCUCGCAGGUGGAAGCUCAUGUGCAGGCCGGGAACAUUUUUCUCCUUAAGCUCCGGUCCCUCAUGCUUGCGACAUUUUCUCAGAGCACCAACAAAGUUGCAGGUGCGCUGGUUGUUGCGGCUAUGGCAUUCAUGUUUAUGCCACUAAGAACCAUCGUUCUGCUCAUUCUCCUAGAAGUAUACACGAGACAAAUGCCAGCGAGGAAGAAGAGCAGCGAGAAAUUGGUGAGAAGGUUAAGGGAGUGGUGGCUCCGGAUUCCAGCUGCACCUGUACAGCUUCUAAAGCCUCAGGACACCACCAGGAGAUGGAGACCGAGGUUGAGAUCAAGAUAAGCAAAUGUUGGGAUCACGAUAAGGAGAUCAAAAAUGAUGAAAGAUCAGAUGGAAGAAGGCUAUUGAUGUAUGAUGGUCCUGAUUUUGACAAGUGGGAAUAGAUAAAAGAACCGGUGUCUUGUUCAUUGCUGCAAAGAGGUUUUUCGUUUAUUGUUGGAAUAGCCACUACCAGUUGGGCAAAAAGAAUGGAUCCAGGAAUCAAAUCUUGUGUCAUGACAUUGCAACUGAUCACUAAAGUUAUUAAGGUAUUAACAUUUCAAUGCCCAACGAUUGGCCUUUUUGUCCCCCCCGGACAAUGCCAAAUGAUUGACUUUCUUUAGGAAUUAGAGAUGUUGAUGUAACAUGUACUUUUUAUUUCCUAUUAGUUGACCAAACGCACUUUAAGACAACAUGUACUUUAUGAUACAAAGUAUA